AUGUCCAAUAAAAUAGUGCCCACCAUCUAUCGCACCGUCAUCGACGACGUGAUCGCCAACAUUAAGACCGAGUUCGACGAGUACGGCGUUGGCGAGAACAUUUUGGCCGAUCUUCAACACAUUUGGGAGAAAAAAAUCAUCGAUUCCAAUGUGGCCGAGUUUGAAACCGCUGUCCAGCCGCCUACACCUCAACACCCUCCGUAUCCUCCACACCCGAUGCACACCAUUAGUCAUCCCCAAUACCCUCCGCACAACCCUUAUGUACCGCCCCAUGUGGCUCCGCCACCAGGGCCGCAGAUCAAGUCUGAGCCUAUGGACAGCAGGUACAUGCUGACAGGGAACAUGCCUUCUUAUGGCAUUCCACCACUUACGGGCCCCCAAAUUCCGGGGGCAAACAGAAAUAUGUACAGUCAGCCCACCGGUCGGCCACCCUCAGGCCCCUCACCGCCUGCCCCCACGGCGCGGUACCCGCCUCCUGUGCAGGCAGCUCAGACAACGGCGCGAAUUCCUCAGGUUGACGGACCUUCGUCCUCUUCGUCGGACUCGUCCACUCCGCCGCCAAGCCAAGCCCCCCGGUCGUCACACCCAUCUCUUCCUCAGCCUUCGCAGAACAUGAACGUAGCGCAGGUGGACGAUGAGGCCAUUAAUAGCGAUCUUGAUGAUUCAGACUCUGAUGGCGAUGACGAUCGCGAGGAUGCCGCUGCUGUCCCCGAUAUUGUGUUCUGCACGUAUGAUAAGGUUGCGCGUGUCAAGAACAAAUGGAAGUGCAUCCUCAAGGACGGCAUGAUUCAUGUUAAUAGAAAAGACUACCUGUUCGCCAAGUGCACUUGCGAGUUCGAGUGGUAG